AUGGCUAACUCAGAACUCUGGUCGUCGCCCGUGGUGCAGACCCUCUUUGCUCGUUCACCUCCCGCUCCCCUCACGGCGAAGAACAUAUGGCACCAGGAUCUAACAGCUCAGAUCAACCAGCUGCCAGCUGGUCCCAAUGUCAAGGCUGUCCUCCACCUGCUCAAUGAUAAUUUCAAUGGCUGUCACGAGAUUACACAAACCCAAGAAGGCAACCCCUAUGCUGAUCACAUGCACUCCAUCGCCCAUAGGCGUGAGCCCGACUACGAGAACUCCAAGUAUUGGAUUGGACGAUUCUCCCAUGAGCACUUGCCGGACAUAUACUCGCCUGGCGGCACCGUUACUCAGGCUAAGCAGGAAAUGGACAAGUUUGUAGAUGCAGUACAAUCUGUUGAAGCUUCUGGAACGGGGGUCGCGGACAAUGAGAAGAGGCAGUGGGAGGAAAUGACGAAGCUUGCCAGAAUCCUGAUUGACUCGGAAAGAGAACUUUAA